CCAGAGUAACCAGAAGCCAGACACCAGCCUGCAGAGCGCACGUGGAGGUGAAGUUUGCAGUCCACCCGCUGUUGUGCUUCGCUAGGAAUCUUACUUUCUAUCUGCUUCUCACUCUUCACCAGUCCUGUGAAUCCACCGGUACGUCAGGGUCAGGUCUCCAGGACAAGUGAGGGAAAGUUAUAGAAGGAAGAGAAAGAAGAAACGAUAUAGGAGUUUGGUGAGUGGAGGAGCCAUGCAGCCCACGGCGGACAAAAUUUUGAUGAGGAAAAUCAAGAAAACCCAAAAGAAGAAGCUGAAAAUUGUGAAGGAAAAAGAAGAGAACAAAGGAGACAGUGUUCCAGAAAAAAAGUUGCCUGAGGAUGAAACGGAGUGGCUCAUCCAGACUCACAAUAUUCUUGGCAAACGCCCAGCAGAGGAUGACGAGCCUUUCCCAAAAAGGAAAAAGAAAAAGAAAAAACUUCAGCAGUUGGAAGAAACCCUCGAUGAUGGAGCAGAUAACAAAGUUCAAAAUGACACUCAACAGAAAAUGAAGAAGAAAAAGAAAAAUAAAUUGCCUCAGCAGGGGAACAAAGCAAUAGUGCAGAGUGGACAAGAGAAUGGAGUGAAGCAAGGACAGGAGAGGGAGGGUGAGAGUGAAGAGACAGGCUAUGAGAGUGAAGAGGGCAAAGAAGGUGUUGACAGUACAUUAGGAUUUGACACAACUGUAAACAAAUCUUUUGAAAGUCUGCGUGGACAAGUUUCUGAAGAGACCAUGAAGGCCAUAGAAGGCAUGGGGUUUACGGAGAUGACAGAGAUUCAGGCCAAGGCAAUCCCCAAGCUGUUGGAGGGGAGGGAUCUACGGGGGACAGCCAAGACUGGUGCAGGGAAGACUCUGGCCUUUGUCAUUCCUGCUGUAGAACUGAUUCACAAGCUCAAGUUCAAGCCAAGAAAUGGUACUGGUGUGAUUGUCAUCUCGCCAACACGAGAGCUGUCAAUGCAGACGUUUGGUGUGCUGCGUGAAGUGAUGCAGGAACACACACAGACUUAUGGCCUCAUCAUGGGAGGUGCUGAUCGCAAGAGUGAGGCAGCAAAACUGGCUAAAGGUGUGAAUGCUCUUGUGGCCACUCCAGGGAGACUUCUGGACCAUUUGCAAAACUCUCCAAAUUUCCUCUUCAAGAACCUUGUGUGUUUGGUUAUUGAUGAAGCAGAUCGAAUCUUUGAUGUAGGAUUUGAAGAGGAAAUGAAACAAAUUUUGCGAAUUUUGCCCAAACGAAGACAGACCUUGCUGUUCAGUGCCACCAAAGAUAACAAGACGAAUGAGCUUGCCAGGCUUGCCCUUAAAACUGAGCCCAUGGAGGUGGAUGUUGACUCAGACAAGAUUAGUGCCACAGUGGAAGGCCUUGAGCAGGCUUUCCUGGUGUGCCCUGCUGACAAAAGAUUCCUUGUUUUAUAUACAUUUAUCAAGAAAAACCGAAAGAAGAAAGUGAUGGUGUUCUUCAAUUCCUGCAUGACUGUCAAAUUUUACCACGAGCUUCUUAACUACAUUGACCUUCCUGUUAUGUGUAUCCAUGGUAAACAAAAGCAGGUAAAGCGGACCAGCACGUUUUACCAGUUCUGCAAUGCUGAGUCUGGCAUUCUCCUGUGCACAGAUGUGGCUGCCCGAGGCUGGGACAUUCCUGCUGUGGACUGGAUAGUGCAAUAUGAUCCUCCAGAUGAUCCCAAAGAGUACAUUCACCGUGUUGGAAGGACAGCUCGUGCAGGAGGUCAGGGACAUGCUCUUCUUUUCAUACGUGAGGAAGAAAUUGGCUUUGUGCGAUACCUUAAGACUCACAAGGUUAAUGUGGAGGCUAUGGACAUCACUUGGAGUAAGGUAGCCAACAUUCAGCCUCAGUUAGAGAAGCUGAUGACACAGAAUUACUUCCUUCAUGCUAGUGCCAAAGAGGCCUUUAAAGGAUAUGUUCGGGCAUACAACUCCCAUCAGCAGAAGGACUUGUUCAAUAUCAACACUCUGGACUUGAAGAAGGUUGCUAAAUGUUUUGGCUUCCAAGUUCCUCCAUUUGUAGACCUUGGUUUUACAGCAAGCAAGCACCACGGUCGGCGUGGUGGUGGUGGAGGUGGAGGCUUUGGCGGAAAGAACAAGAAGCAGUUUGCUAAAACUAAGAUAUAUAGACCUGUAAACAAGAAAUAGGCCUGCAAAUUGUAUGUAUUUGAAGAAUAAAUAUGAGAAAUA